AACAGCAGAGAGAGUGGCCUGUACCAUUCUAGCGUCGUCACGGGGACCGGAGCCAAUUCCCCUCCACUCGCCCUGUCAUAUGGUUCCGCCCAAGCCGCAGCAGUAACCGCUUCAAGCGCAGCCGAGACGGACUGGACGUUGUGGGCCGGGGAUCGCCAGACCGCUUUUCGACUCCUAAGAAACUCACCCACUGAGUUCCGUCUACCCGGCCCCGGAACCACAAAAAGGGACCAUGAGUGACGGCGACAAGAAUCCAGCCGCCACACCCACCCCGUUGGAUGACAUUCACGGAGAUGGGCGGUGGAUGUCUCUGCACCAGCGCUUCAUCGCCGACAGCAAAGACAAGGAGCCCGAGGUUGUGUUCAUCGGCGAUUCUCUGCUGCAGCUGUUGCAUCAGUUUGAGAUUUGGAGGGAGCUGUUCUCUCCUCUCCACGCGCUUAAUUUUGGCAUGGCAGGAGAUGCUACGCAGCACGUGCUCUGGCGCCUGCAGGAUGGGGAAUUGCAGCACAUCCGGCCGAAGAUUGUGGUCAUCUGGGUGGGCACCAACAACCACGGCCACACAGCGGAGCAGGUGGUGGCCGGCAUAGAAGCCAUCGUGCGCCUCAUCAAUCAACAGCAGCCACAGGCCCGUGUGGUCGUGUUGGGCUUGCUGCCACGAGGCAAGAACCCCAACCCGCUCCGAGAGAAGAACCAGAGGGUGAACGAGCUGCUGGAGGCGAAGGUGCCUCUACUGCCCAAUGCCUCCUUCCUCAACGCCGACCCGGGCUUCGUGCACUCAGACGGGACCAUCAGCCACCACGACAUGUACGAUUACCUCCACCUGAGCCGCCACGGAUACGCGCGGUUCUGCCCCGCGCUGCAUCGGCUGCUGCUGAGCUUGCUGGGAGAACGUAACGCCAAGGCCUCUUGACCCCUGGUUUCGGCUUGCCAAGGAUAGAGGGGGCUUCCUCCCCUUUCCAGGAUGGAGGCCCCUGCUAGAGCAGCUCCUGCCAAGUGCAGCUCACUGAGAUGUCCUUCUCUUUCAUCCACCUGACCAAAUGGGAUACUUCAGCCUGGGCGUUCAGUUCCUUAACAGUUUGAAGACCAAACAAAUGCCAAGAAGUCGAGCGGAGAGCGAACGGCUGCAAACUUGCUUUUGUUUACUUAAUAAAACGAUGCAUAUUUCCA